AAAAUAAAUGUAUAAUUCUAUAUUUCAUUUCUUCCGUACAAAUAAAACAAAAGAAAUACACAAAAACCGCCCACAGAAAGAAUAGAGUAGCGAAACAAACAAGAAAACUCUUCAUAAUCCUACAUCGCGCAAAUUCCAAACGAUCUAAAUUACGCCGUCGUUUUGGACCUUCCUAAGCUCAUCCAUGGCUUCCCCUUACGAUCCUUUUAAACAGGAGCCAAUCAAUCAACAACAACAAAAGAAAAGAGGGCCAAAUUUGUUGCUAUUGCUUCCUUUAAUCUACGCUCCUGUUCUUCCUCUCAUUAGAAUAACAUUGAGGCAUAAACCUGUUCUUAGAGAUCGAUUAUUUACUGCUGUUCUUGCUGGAGCUUUUGUCCAUGGCACUUAUUUGGUAACUGAUCUUUACGAUGUCGAGAGCAAGUAGUGUGCAAAUGAAGGCAAUCUUGAUGCUUCGUUUUUACUGGAUUGAACUUUUCGAAGAUUAUGAGGGUUAUUGUUUCUUGUUCAAAUACAGCUUCUGGCAUUUUUGGCAUCAGCCAAUUUUGUUGUAAUUUUGUUGAAGAAAAAUAAUCUCUUGUGAGCAGAUUAACAGUUCUUCAAAAGCAUUUCCAAUUAGUUAUUGAGACAUUUGUUGUGUAGCUGAUAGAAGCUUGAAUUAUGAAUUGUGAAUGAAAUAAUGGUAUGUUUGGAAAUGAUGAUUUUAUUUGAAAAUC